UUUACCUAGAUAUACAUAAUCUAUUUCACAUUGUCCAGCUUAUACAGGGACAUUGAUAGUCCAUUUUUUAGUUGUCCCUCAACUCUGUCUCAAGACUCAUCUUCGACCUACUGUAUACCAUCGACGACAUCACCUUGCAGCUUUCACUCACUCAGCUGCAUAUCACAUCUCCCGCUCCACGAUAUCAUCACUGGCUAGCACCUUCCUCGAGUGAUUAAUUUCAUUCUGCCCUGCCUCACUUGUUCACUCUGCAACGACAUCACUUUUAGCACCUCCUUCAACAUAUUCCACCCAAGCCGCCCACUUCGUGCUACAGAAUUCCAUUCUGCAGCAGACGAUUCUGUCCCACUACCACACCUUGUUCAUCAUGAAUCCCUCAAAGCACUCCAACAAUUCUUCCAUUCUCAUUGACAAGUUCAACGGACGAAGAUCAACGCCUGAUUCAGAAGCUCUUGCAAGCUCUGACGACGAAGUUGAGCGCCCAGAGAAUCCACAUCCCCCUGCACAACUUCAAAAACCUACCCGACGAGCUUCUUGGUUGAACGAUACCACACAAGCCGCUGCCACUCAACCCAGAAAGGGAUCAUUUGCUUCCAGCACAAUGUCUCCGACUGCCUCUCACCCGAGCACUCCAUCAGCAGAGUCUGGAACUUGGGGAUCCCACGGGCAAGGUAGCUCAACUCGCGGCCAUACCGGCUCUGGGUCUUUCCCUUGGCCCAGUGGAAUAUGGACCAGUGAGUCUCGAAAAGAGCCACCAUCAAGAUUAACAGAGGUACUCCCCUCACCUACUUCCGUCCAAUCGCCGUCUUCGUCUACCCCCUAUUUCAGCGAAGCGAGCUCUGUGCAGAAGGGUCCGCCUUCCGCGUCCUUCUUCUCUGCCGAGCCCGCCUCUUCUCAAAAGCCCUCAUCAUCUACUUCAUUCUUUGGCGAGCCGGGCCCUCUACAGAAAGAUCCUCCAACCAUCCCCUUCGCAAUACCCCUCCACCCAACACCAAAGACUUAUAGGUCACAGUCAUAUUCAGUUGGUCAGCUUGACAGCGACGCGGCUCAAGUACCAACGAAUCCAAGUGGCGUUCCAGUCUUCACUGGUCGUGGCAGACAGCUACACAAUAGUACAGGACUACAGCAUCGCCCUUCUAGGCCAUCUAUGCUAAGCGAGAUGUCUAACGAAGGGGGAUUAAGCAACUUGAAGGAAGUCGACGACGAUGAUGAUGAGAGUACUACUGAUUCUAACCACGGUGUGGCGCUGAACAUGAACGACUCAAGAACAAUUGAGAUAUUGGCAAGAGAGAACGCGCUUCUUCGACAACAGCAGCUCCAGCAGCAACAGCAUAACUCGCGUAUUCGACCUCGAUCUUCCACCAGCAACACAUACAGCAUGGCCAGCGGUUACAACGUCCCACAGGCUCUUCCUGAAGAAUCCGAUUACGCCAUUGAUGAACUAGAUGAGAUCAACGAACUACAAGAUAUUACGUCUAAGGGUCUGUUGGCACGCCGCCUGAGCGAAUACGGUACUGGUGCACAACCACGCCUUUCUCCUUAUGUUUCCCUCGAAAACAGAAAGCUUGAAAAUGUAAAGAGAGCUUACUGGCAGAGUUCCCUCGAUUUCGGUGGUCUGAACGAUAUUCCGCAAAGUCGACGCCAUUCUUUCGCAGAUGUGCCUACCAGACAAGGCUCAGUUAGCUCUGUUGGUGAACCAAUCUCUGCACACGAGGCAGCUCUGCAAGAGAGUCUCUCUCCAGGUCAGAAUCGCUAUCAAGAUGGCUCUGGAUAUGGCUUGAAUACUCAUGCUGCAUCAUAUUUCGGUGGCCCUGCCACACUCCCUCGAAACGUCGAAUCAUACGGAAGUACGACAUACCAGCAGCCUUCAGCGUAUCCGUUUGCGAAUCCUCAACAACAAUACACUCCUCGUGCACCUUCUCCACAUCGCGGCAUGUAUGGCGUGCCUCAACCUCGACAUAAUCAACUUCUUUAUAUCGUACUCUUCAAGUGCUCUCGAGCCGAUGUCUUCUACGUUCAAGAAGGCACAGGCCUCUCGGUAAAGCCUGGAGAUUUGGUCAUUGUUGAAGCAGAUCGUGGCACUGAUCUGGGCACCGUCGCCAAGGACAAUGUUGAUUGGGCUACUGCUAAAGAUCUCAAGGAACAUUACGCUGAGGAGCAUUACAAGUGGUUGAUGAUGUACUCCCAAGGUGCAGCAGGCAAUUCGGAUGGCACAGGAGCUGGCUUGAUGGCUGCAUCCAACGGUCUUCAAGGAAGCGCUGUUGGCGGCAUGGGUCCCCCAAAUCAGCAUGGUAUGCAAGAGCCCAAUCCUGGUGAGAUCAAGCCGAAGAUCAUCAAGCGCCUUGCUCAGGCACACGAGAUCCAAUCACUCAGAGAUAAGGAGGGCAAUGAGGCAAAGGCCAAGAGAGUCUGUAUGCAGAAGGUGAAGGAGCAUGGUCUUCACAUGGAGAUCCUUGAUGCUGAAUUCCAAAUGGAUUGGAAGAAGCUGACCUUCUACUACUUCGCUGACGCAUACAUAAACUUCAACUCUCUCGUUACUGAUCUAUUCAAGGUCUACAAGACCAGAAUCUGGAUGUCUGCAAUCAAUCCAGCUUCCUUCGCUAGCCCCUCCCUAGGCCUUCAAGCACCUAGUGGCAUUGGUCCUGGAGCUGUUGGCGUUAGUCGAAGCACACAGAGCGAGCGUCGUCCGCAGCCUGCAGAUCAACAAGCUACAUACGGCGUUUCUCAAGCAGGACGUGGCUAUCAAAAUGCCUACACGCAGCCAUUCAGCUCAAACCUUGACCGCCCUUCCAUGCCACCAACUGCCUUUCAGCCAUCCGCUUACACCUACGGCUACUCUCCUUUCGCGACAGCUCCUCGUAACAUGGGUGUAAAUCCAAGCGGCUUUGUAGCUAUGGACCCCUUUGCUGCGUUCCAAGUACCGGCAGAGUAUCAAGGACUACCUGGUCGAUUUCCGUCGCCUCACGGUACAACUCCAGGCCACGAGAGCGGAGAGUUUGGUAGAUCUGGUGGCAUUACUCCUAAUGAUAAUUGGGUCGCCAGCUUUCAGGGCUUGUCAAUGGGCUCUCGUUAGUUGAUGAAAAUCAUAAUCUCAACGCCGUACGAUUUCACGAGACUUUGGAAGAUUCUUCAGCGGCUUACGACUCGUUGUGUAUAAUUUAUUUUCUUUUUAGUUACACUUG